UCAUAAAAUUUUGCCGGUGGUGUUGAAGUGACGAAAGCACGACAACAAAAUUUGUACAACAGAAUAAACUGAAAAAUUUGAUAAGCAGAAAUUUUAAUAUACAUGUAUCUAAAUAUGCAAACGCCAAUAAAGUACUUGCCAAAUCUAGUUGCCAUUGUUGUGUUCAUCAUUUGGACGCCAGCGACAGAGGCCAGCUCAUGCGCCGGCUGUGUGGAACUGGAUGAACUGAACUUCGAUCAGACUAUCGAGCGCUUCCCUUACGCUCUGGUCAAGUUCGACAUAGCUUUUCCAUAUGGCGAAAAACACGAAGCUUUCGCCGCAUUUUCAAGGGCGGCACACAAAGUUACCAAGGAGCUGCUGGUAGCUACUGUUGGCAUCAAAGACUACGGCGAGAAUGAAAACAAGGAACUGGGUCUAAGAUUCAAUGUGGACGACAAGAAUUUCCCCGGUAUUUUGCUCUUCAAAGAUGGAAAAGUGGAUAAAUUUGAGCGAUUUCCCGCUUAUCUGGAUGUGACAUUGGACAAUUUGAAAAAAUUCGUGACGCAGAAUACGGAAUUGUAUAUUGGACGCGAUGGCUGUUUGAAGGAGUUUGAGGAAUUUGUCAAAAAAUAUGCCAACAAAGAGGACUCCGAACAGAGGAAAUUGAUAGAAAAAGCUGAAAAAAUAUCGCAAGAGCUAACGAGCGUAGCCGCAAAGACAAGUGCUAAAGCGUAUAUCGUUUUCAUGAGGAAAAUCAAUGAGAAGGGCUACGACUAUGUGGAGGAGGAGACAAAGAGGUUGCAGCGUCUGAGAGCUGGAAAAGUAACGGAUGCAAAGAAAUUGGAGCUGCAACAGAAGCUUAACAUACUGGAGGCAUUUAGAGUGACUAAACUGACCAAAGGGUUGCCAAACGAAGAACUCUAAAAGUGAUGUACAAAUCGCAUGCAGAAAUAUGUACAUAGGCACAUAAAAACGUAAGCCAGGCAUUAUCAAGACGAAUUCAUAUACAUUUAAAUUCGCCUUGGGCAGUAUGUAGUAAAAUGAAAGACAAUCAUUUAAUUUGACACCAAAUACUUUUCAAAAAAAUAAUUGUGGUGAUACACAUGUACAUAGAUAGUCCGUAUGUAGUAUAUAAUUACAUAUGUAAGUUCAUGCAUACAAUGGCGUUAAUAUGCAGGGAAUAGCGGAAUAAAAAGCAAUAAGGGCAUAUUUGGAAA